AUGGGUAGGACAGCCGCCUCUCGACCAUUGCUACCAAUGAGUACCAAACUGGCCUACCAAAACACGAACAGCUCUGCCAGCUCUACCAAGACACCUGGGAAAACAUUCGUCGUGCCAUUGUUCCUGUCAACGUCCAGAUAUUCGGCUCGAGAGAGCGCCUUUGCCAGCGGAGCCUUACCUCACAAUACAAGAUCACGCAGCUCGGUACGUUCAGUCAUCGAGCACGGGCCGGGAAGACCUGGUCAGGUGCCCCUAUUAUUGAGGCAGCAACGAGAACAGGACGAAGUCUCCGAUAUGUACGGCGGUAGCCUCUCUGAUCGGACCACGGGAGGACAUCCGGAUGCCCACAAUCUCGGCAACUCCAGGUCUAUCUCCAGCAGCCGCAGGGCACGCUCCACACAAUCCGGUAGUACUCGAAGCACCCACUCCUCAGCGAGGACCGGCGUCAGACCUGCCUCAAGAAGGAAACCCUCCUCUCGCGAUGUAGAGAUCAGCACAAAGGCAAGGAUGAGUUUUGCAUUUGGCAUAACGCUUCUUGUGUCUGUGGUGAUAUAUCUCGUAUUGACUUUCAGGAAAAUCGCCCAAGGAACGAUGUUUAACGUCAUGUCCAUUGUGUUGAUCCUGAUAUUGACUGGAAUCUUCCUCCACCAGUUCAUCAGCAUGUUGAUGCUCAAGCGGCGCCCGAGAAGAAAGAGACGACGAGCAGUGCAUAGACAUGGAAGAGAACGCAGCAACGCACAAUCCAGACGGGCCGGACCGGAGGAUGAACUACAACCCGAGAAGCCCAUCCCGAUACAUAUGGCGGCGGAUGGGCUCGGCCCUGACCUUGAGAGAGGCGAUCAAGUUCCUAUUAAGAUACCGCCCCCAGUCUAUGGGAACGACCGGACGAGCAUGAGAAUCAACCCUGAUCUUGUCCAUUGGAAAGAGGUAGUGCCAUCGCCACUGACGCCCACUUAUGAUGAAGCAUUGAAUCAAGUGCAUCAGACAAUGGGUUAUCGACCUCCAAGUUACUUGUCAGAAAAUGAGGUGGACGAAGUGAUGGCAAAUCGAAGGAGAGAUGUGGAUGCCGCUCUCAAAAUUAUUCAUCCCUUGGAACGAGAACGAUUGCGAGAGUUGACAGCCCAUGCACUUGAGGGUCAUCGAUGA